GAAACUUCCGUUCAAAGGGAUGGUGUGUUUAGACAUGCCAACAAGAUGGAACUCAACCUUUGCAAUGUUGGAAUCCGCACUGCGAUUAAAACGAGCUUUCAAGCGGAUGGAACAGGAUACAACGAGUUCAUAUCUAGCAUAUUUCAAUGAAUCUGAAGAGGAAUUUGAUGAAGAUGGAAAUGUGAUUGUGGCAAAGAAAGGGAAUAAGAAAGUUGGGCCGCCUCUAAACAAAGAUUGGGAUAACUGCGAGGUCUUUGUGAAUUUUCUUAUAGUCUUUUAUGAGGUGACUCUUAGAGUUAGUGCUUCUCUAAAGCCAGUGGUUCACACUACACUGCAUGACAUAAUUGCAAUUGAGCAAGUUAUGGCUAAUAUGUUAAAUGUACCUAUUGAAAGUGCAAGUGAUACUGAUUUAUUGAUGGUAGAAGUGGGCUUAGCAAUGAAGUCUAAGUACAACAAGUACUUUGUGGAAGCUAAGACUACUCAAAUCAAGACACUUCUCUUUUCCAUGUACGAAGCGUAUGAAGAAGAAGUUCAAGGCAAGAACCACUUGAAGAGAAAGAGAUUAGAUGAAAACACCAACGAUCUUGUGAAAAGACAAAAGGCUUUAUAUAAAGUUGGGAGUAGCACAAAGUUGGAGUUUUAUGAAGCAAUUGAAACAGAAUCAGCAAGUGGAAGGGAAACAUACAGAGUCUAGCUGCCUACCAUUUGCUACAGUGCCACUCAGUCACUCACUCUCUUGUCAUUUUGUUUUUUAGCAAUUAUAUUUUAGGCUUUAGCAUUUAUUUUUUGAAGGUUUUGUUGUGCUAAAGCUAAAUUAUUAACUAUGAAUGACUGUUUUUGUUGGCAGUGAACAAGUGUGCCUAUGAAAUUUAUUGAGAUUGGCAGUAACUUAUAUUUUUUGGCUUUAAUAUGAAUAUAAGUGACCUAUGGAU